UUAAUAUAUGACUACAGUGUCUGUGGAUUUUUUGCAACAGAUUACUCUUCUCGGUAAGCAAUAUUUAUUAAUAUUUAUAGACCCGAUGAAUAGGAAGCAAACUAUCACAGAGUUAAAGAAGGUCCUCACGAAGCCUUUGCUAUUGUCAGAUUAUAAAAAAAUUUGGAAAGCACUUUAUUAUGGUAAAGCAAUUUAAAAUUGUAAGCAAUGUGGAGUUCUGACAAGUAUCAAAAUCAAUAGAUUCUUGCAUCUGAAAUUUCAUAAUUAACAAGAAUGUUUUAUUCUAAUUUCACUGCAUUUAUCUAAUUCUCUAGAGCGAUGUUCCAUGUAUUUAUGCUUGAAUGGGAGAAGAUAGAUUAUUGGAGAAUUAAUAAAUUUAUGCUUUUAUUUAGAGAAAUCAUAGAAGAAUAAAUUAAAAUAUGCAAACAUUUUAAUUGGAAGACAGUUCCUUAAUUAAUUGCCUUAUAUAAUGAGACUGUUUUAAAUCUAUCAGAAUUUUAGACAGGUAUUAUUGCAUAUAAUUAACUUUUUUAGUUUAAGGAGCUACUUUACACUUCAUCCAAAUAUUUGUUUAAUGUAUGGCUAAACAUAUGAGUGAUUCCACAGUUACAUAUAUAUAAGUGAAAGAACUAAUUGAUGGUUUCUUAGAUAUUUUAAAACAUAGUCCAAAUAAAACACUUAGAGAUAAAACUAUAUAAUAUGUAUAUGAAUAUAUAGAAGAAAAAUAAUCUAAUGAAACAUAUUUAUCAGCUUUUGAUUCCAAAAGAUAUGGCAAUCAUGUCUUUAAAUUAGCUUCAUAAGAGUAAUAUAAUUCUUAUUAUUUAUAGAAAUGUUAAUCCUUAAAAUAGAAAAUCACUUUAUAGAGUUGCAGAAAUAUUUCAUUUUAAAGAAGAAUAAGAUGAAUCACCUUAAAUGGAAGUGGAGGAAGCACCAAAAAAGAAAAAGAAAAAAAAUAAUUAAGAUAUUCAAUAAAUACAAAAAUCAAAAGAAAAACAAUAAUUUGAAGAUAAUAAUGUAUAAUAAUAAUAAAAUGAAGAAUAAUUAUUCAAUUAGGAAUAAGAAUAAGAAGAAUAAGAGUAAUAGUAACAGUAAUAAGAACAACAAUAAGUGACUUAGAUAACUUCAUAAGUAAUAAAAAAAAAUGGAAAAGAAAAAGUACCUAAAGAAAAAGAUUAAUAAUAACAAUAAUCAAAUACAAAAGCAAAAUAAAAGGAAGAGAAAGCAAUUUUAAAAUUACAUAAGAAAUAAGAAGAAUAAAUUAAUUCUCAAUAUAUGCAAGAUAGUCCUAUUCAAGAUGAAGAUGAAACUAUUGAAGGUGAUGAUUAUAGUGAAGUACGAAAGAAUCCUAACAAGUUAAAAACACUAAAAGAAAUUAUGAAUUCUGUUCCUGUAUAUUUAUUUAUGAAUCCAGCCGAGAAACGUAAAUACUUUAAAUCUAUCAAUAUGAAAUUUUAAGAAGCUUUGUAAAAAGAAAAAGGAACUCAUUGCACACAUAAUAAGAAUGUCCACUUUGACUUAGCUAAAAAUAAAGUGAAAAGUAAUAAUGAGAAUUUAUUAUAUUAGCUUUUAAAUAAACAGACAAUGUGCUCAGAAUUUCUAAGUCAUGAAUUUGAUAUUUUAUAUGUAUAAAAAAUAUGGUAGAG